CCAGAUAUCUCAACUUCAAACCUGCAAUCUCUCAAGUGACAAACCCAUUUGCAGUAUUGAAGUAUUGCAGUGUCUCGGAACAAAUCCACUCUUCUUUGAAAGAGAGUGACGGGCGACACAGACUUCGGAGGGAGAAAGGGACCAGAGAGGGCGAGAGAAAAACCACGACGAGAGAGAAAACGCAGACAACCGGAGUCGCAAGGAUCAAGCUCACAGCCCGACAGGAACGUGGAUAGCAAUGACCGCGAGCAUUGCUGCCACUCAGCCUGCUACCCUCCUCACGUUUCUAUAUCCCAUGUUACUCCGACACGUUUCCCGCGGGGCUGCCGGCAAUUGUCCAGCCAAGGCGUCGCGGGCGAGGAUACGCUCCAGCGUUUCUCCAACAACCAGACAACGGGGAUUCGCAUCGGCAUCACGUCUUCAGGUCAGCAGAGGCAGCAAUGGCUUGGCCGCUUCGAGUCGCGCUGCGACGGGAUCCACCAAACCCUCGACCGCGCUACAGAACCCUCGUCAAGAGAUACGUCAAGGAACACACGAUCGUCUACGAAAGAACCAGCGCGUCGCCGAGUUUCAUUCCACGUCUUUGCUAAGAGACAAUUCAACACGUUCUCAGCGGUACGGCGUCAGCGUUGAGCCGCAGCAACAACACCUACCGCCGCCGCAGCCACCGCAUCUUGCAAGCCCGGGGAAAGUAGCGAUUGGAAGCCUCUCGAGCGGGCCCAAAGCAGAGGACACCAAGGAGGCGCCCAAAGAGGCAGAAAAGAAGAAUACAACGACUCCGAGCUCUGCAGAGACAGCGAGUGAUCUUGAGGAAGGGUUCGUCCCUGAACCGCAGCCGGAAUCACCCAUCCUGGCGUCGGCCCCAGCUUUUACCAGCACGAUUGACAGUCGACCGCUCGAGACGAUGCUCCACGUGGACGCGCCGUUGAGUGAGGCCGCCCAAGCGCACAAACCGCCGCACUUGCAACCCCCGCCAUACGUACACCACUUUGACACGUAUUCUCUCGUUCGCGAUCUAGAGCACGGCGGAUUCACGGAUGAACAGUGCGUAACUCUGAUGAAGGCUGUGCGCGGCCUCUUGGCGGAGAAUUUGACCAUUGCUAAAGAGGGGCUGGUAUCCAAGUCGGACGUGGAGAAUGAAACAUAUCUCUUCCGCGCCGCGUGCAGCGAACUACGCACCGAAAUCCAGAAUAAUCGCAAAAAGGAAACAGACAAGAUGCGCACCGAGCGCACGGCGCUGCAGCACGAAGUCGAUAUUCUCAAUCAGAAUUUCAAUGGCGAAUUACUCUCCCUCAAGGACGAUCUCCGAGGCAUGUUUGACGAUCGCCGUAUGGCUGUGCGUCAAGAGCAGCGCGCCAUGGAGAGUAAGAUCCAAGAACUCAACUGGCAAAUCACCGUCCUGCUCAACUCCGACUCCAAAUCCGAAGUCGAAGGCCUGCGCUGGGUUCUUACCCGUCGUGCCGCCCUCGCUGUCGCCACCAUGGCUUUCCUCAUCCUCGGCUCCCUCCGCUACUCCUCCUACAUGCACCACGUCCAAGAACGCACUGAGAAACAACAGAACCAAUCCUCUUCCAUCUCGCCCACGUCUUCUUCCUCUUCUUCUUCUAAUUCCCCAUCUUCUGCCACUUCGUUCGCUGCCCUUCCGCACUUUGCUUCCCCUUCUUCUCCGCCCACCUCUUCUUCCUCUCCCUCUUCUUCUUCGUCUCUUUCAUCGUCCUUUUCUCCCUCUUCCGGUUCGUCUUUGGGGGGUACCUCUGCAGUAGACCGCUCUGGUGGUAAUGCAUUCGACAGCGCAAGUGUGAGUGCCGUCGGAGGCAAGGAUACGGAUGAAGUCCUCGCGGGGCUGGAUGAUGGCGAUGGCCGCUCGUCGUAUGUCAGUCUUGGUUAGCAGUCUGAGAUCUGGGAUGUGGACUCGGACUCGACUCUGGAGUCGUUAGACCGAAGCUGGCUAGUCGCCCUCACACUAUCACACCAUCACAAUGUCAUGCUGUCAUGCUUGGUGUGAAGGAUGCUGUGUAAAAUAAACUUUUUACGUUCCCAGUAGCCCUGUGGAAGGGGCGCAAAGGAAUUCGCAGCUUGUAAAUAGACUUUGUAAACACAUGCAUGUGUACAUGCAUCUAUGUAAAUAAAUUGGAUAAGAUGAAAAAAGAAUUAUAUUUUAUAGAAACCCAUU